AUGUCGUUCAAAAACAAUGAAUAUGAUAUCGAGGAGCAAUUUACUGACAAGGACAACUACAGUAGCAACCGCGAAAGAUCACCUAUUCGCGGAGCGCGACCAGGAAAAUUUAGCUCUGGCGACAAGUUCAAGAUUCUUCUGAAAAACUUGCCUUACUCAGUGAACUGGAUGAAAUUGAAAGAUAUUUGCAAGGAACAUUGCGCCGGGACUGUUAUCUUUGCCGAUAUCAUCAAAACUCGAGAUGGCCGCAGCGCCGGUUUCGGCCAUGCUGAAUUCAAAACGCUGGAAGAAGCAAAAUCCGCAGUUGAGAAGCUCCAUGGAAUGAUGUUAGAUGGACGCGAUGUCCGCUGCGAUCUUGACAUAAACGAUGACCAGCUCCAUAGAAUGUGCCGAAAACAAGGGCUGGAUUUUCGCUCUGAGCGGCAGCAGCAAUGGGACGCAGAACGCGCUGAGCGUCGGAAUCAGCGAGGCAAUGGAGGGUACAGCAGAGAUACUGGCUACGGAUCCGGGCAUCAGCAGAGCUACGGAGGGGGGCCUGGCCGCUUUCCCGGCGACGACGGACCUUACGGAGGGGAGAAUCGAUACGGCCCGAUGCGCAGUGUUGCGCCCAGUCACCAAGGCGACGGACUUAUGACAAUUCAAGUCCACAAUCCCUUUUCCGAGGAAGAGUAUUGUUUUACAGUACCUAUGAUUAACGGGCGUCCCCUGACCGAAUACCCGGGCUUCGAUAAUCUGAGCCCGUCGGUCAUGGAUGCCAUCGGAGCGGGUCCAGUUGGGAAGAACAUUUUUGUGAGGAAUUUGGAUUACAAAGUUGACGAGGAUAAAAUGAAGGAAGUGUUUGGGCUUGCUGGCACGGUUGAAGAGGUUUCGCUGACAAAGGAUCAGGACGGAAAGUCGAGAGGAAUGGGAGUUGUUUCAUUCAGUCAGCCAAUGGAGGCUGUCAAGGCCGUCGUUAUGUUCCACACUCAGGCACUUUUUGGCCGCGCUAUGUACUGUAAGAUGGAUCGCAAGAACAAUGAGGCUCCAAAACCAGAGAAGAAGAAGCUGCCCGAGGGAUUGGCCGGACUUAAUGUUAAUCCGGACAUUUUGAAUCUUCCCACAGAUUUUAAACCGGCUCCAGCUUCCCAGGUUCCAGUCUACAAUCCCCCUCCUAUGAGAGAUCCCUAUGGCGGCUAUCAGCAAGCGAACAAUGUCAAUGCUCCAAUGCUUCAUUCUCAUGGAUCCGGCUGCGUCAUCACCGUCGAUCGUCUACCUCCCAGUGCCACUCAACAGCGGCUCAGACGGCUUUUUGAAGACACCGGUCGAGUGGCACAGGUUCACCUGACUGAUUUUGGACGAGCAGAGAUCAGAUUCGAGAGUGCGUUUGAUGCGGAGAGAGCAGUCGGUCGAUUCAAUGGAUACAUGAUUGAAGGUCACCAACUUUCUGCCAGGAUCACCGAUUAA